AACGCUUGGAAAAGUUGGACCAGACAGGUGUGGUAGCUUGCGUUGCUAGAGACAACGUAGCCCACUUAUUGUCACGAUUUACAAUAGAUGUUGCCUUUGAUAGCAGCUGGAAACAUCCGCCGUGGGACACUGUUCCAGAAGGACCAAAGUCCAAAAUCUUUGAAGUCCCCUGCUGGGUUUCUGUCACGUGCAUUAUCAGGACAUGGACUCGACCGUGCUGAACCUGCACAACCAUUUCCAGAAUCUUUGUGCAUGCUCCGAUAUUCUCAAUGAGGGCCUCGAACCACAGUUUAUCCAAAUGGUUCUGAACUUCGAGGACUGCAGUAGGAAGUGGCUGCAGUGGGAGGAGGAACUGGGAGCCUGCAAGGAGGUGCUGACCAAAACAGAGUCUGAGAUGGGGGCUCUGGAGAUGAAGCUGAAGCUCGCCUGCAACCAGGUGGAUGUGGAGAUCAGACGGCGCCAGCGGGCAGAGGCAGAAAUACGAGAAACUGGUUGUUAUAAGUUGGAGCGUCAGAUCUAGCUGAUCCGGGAUAUGCUGGUGGCGGAGAGCUCCAGCAGCAGCCUCCACCUGAGUGAGGAGCAACGCUCUGCCCUCGCCUUCCUCAAUGCCCACUCCCAGGCCGCACAGGCUGCCAAGAACAACCCCAACCUCAACACCUUCCACAGGUUAACCACCAUAGAUGAAUCUGCUUCCUUGUUGUCAGACAUUAGCUAUGACAAAACAGAUGAUUCUCUGGAUUGGGACUCUUCUGUGAUGAGGACAGUGCGACUGAGAAAACUGCAGAAAAGGCGUUCCUCCAGAACUCUUGCUGAGCCUCCACAGCAGGUGGUGAAGAAACCCCGCUCCACUGGCCGCACUUCCGAGAGGGUGAACGAGUCCAUAGUGACCAAGACCACCAUCACAGUGACUGUCAAUGGAGGUCCGGUAGAGGCCUUGUCCACCAUGGAGACAGUGCCUGGCUACUGGACAGGCAGCAGGAAGAGGACCGCUGUUCAGGGCUGGGACACUACUUCUAUUGACCAAUCAGAGGCAGCUAGUGAGGCUCCCAGCACCCCAUGCAGUAAGGCUCCGCCCCCAACCAAAACACCCAGAGCCAAAGUGGAGGCCCGAAAGCACGAGUUCCUUGCCAAAACGGUGAUCAGGUCAGAGUUCUGUGUGCCGUGUGGAAGGAAGACCAAGUUUUGGAAGCUCUACCUGAGGUGCCAGGACCGCAGGCUGGUGGCUCACCCAGAAUGCCGCGACCGCUGCACCCUGCCGUGUAACCCUAUCUCUACAGGCAGCACCCCCAUCAGGACCAGAGAGCCAAGCACCCUCGCAGACUACGCUCCCUCCUCCUCUCCGAUGAUCCCUGCCCUGGUGGUCCACUGUGUCAAGGAGAUCGAGCACAGGGGUUUACAUGAGGUGAGCAGCCAUUUCAGCACUUAA